AUGACUAGUAGCAAUAGAAAGACGACUUCUGCACCUCAAACUACAGCAAUGACUAGUAGCAAUAGAAGUGAGGAGACAACCACGCUUCCCCUCCUUAAAACUUCAGAACCUUCGAGCACAGAAAUAGCCACCUCAAUAUUUCCAGAGACCUCCAAAACUGCUGUAGAAACCACAAAGCCAACAGAGAGGACAACAAUAACUAAGACGACUUCUGCAGCUCAAACCACAGCAAUGACUAGUAGCACUAGAAGUGAAGAGACAACCACGCUUCCCCUUCUUACAACUUCAGAACCUGGGAGCACAGCUACAGCCACCUCAACUUUCACAGAGACCUCCACAACUCCUGUAGAAACCACAACCCCAACAGAGAGGACAACAAUAACUAGUACCACUGGAGCUGAAGUGACAACCACAUUUUCCCUCCCUGCAACUUCACAAGCCGAAAGCACAGCUAUAGCCAGCUCUACCACAGCAGAAAAAUCCACCUCACCUUUCCAGACAACUUCUUCAGCUGAAACUACAGCAAUAACUAGCGGAAAGCACAGCUAUAGCCAGCUCUAUCACAGCAGAAACAUCCACCUCAAUUUUCCAGAAAACUUCUGCAGCUGA